AUGUCUCGGCUGUGGGCAAGGGUUGCAGGGCUUUUCAGUAGCAGAACAUCAGUGGGAAUGGACAAAAGCGGCAAUCGUUAUUUCGCUAGAACUGAAGAAUUCGAUGGUAUCAUGAAGGAGAAAAGGUGGGUCGUAUUUAAAGGAGAGCAGGAUCCCACGAGUGUUCCAGUUGAAUGGAUAUGUUGGCUGAAUGGACAGCGGAAAAGAGCUCCCACACCAGAGGAACUGGCUGAGCUGGAGGCAAGAAGAGAACGUGUUAGACAUAGUGUUGCUAUGCUCAAGAAGGAAGAAGAGGAAAGAAAAGCCAAAAAAGGCAAAACCGUGAGCAUGGGUAAAGCUGCAGGGCCAGACUUAAAAAGUUUUAUUAGGCAAUUUCCUAUUGAUUCAGAAGAAGGUAACAACAUUGAAGGAGCACCUGAUUCAAUGCCAACGGAUGGUAAAAGUGACACGGGCUUCAAAGAAUCCGAUAAACAGAAAAAAAUUCCACAUUCCCUCAAGAAACAGCCAGAGUCUUCAGAGCCAUCUGGAUCCGGGCAAUCCUUCAAACCAGGGACAUGGCAACCACCAACAUGA